GGCCCAUAUAUCAGAGCACGAUUAUCGCUCGUCCCAAAGCCCGUCCUUAUUAAUAUUGGGUCGAUAAAUAAAUCAAAAAGGCCGAAUAACAUUGAGAACGGACCUUAAUUUAGGACGUUUGGCUUCGUCCUUACGAGAGACGUGGCAGCAUUCAAUUGGGAGUCGAAAUAGGGUUGGGAAAAAUCGCACGGCGUUAUUUUUUUUUCACCCUUCUCCCGAUUCUCUCAUCUCUCUCUCUUCUCCGGAGAUUUCAACGACGAAUCAACAUCCCCAAUCGAUCUGCUGCCUCAUCGACGCUGCUUCGCUGCUUCGCCGAUUCAAACCCAAACGAGGUAUGUGUUCCUCCUUCUUCAUCGGAUUUAGAUGAUUUUGUUGUGGUUGACGAUUUGUAUCCUCUGUUUCUGGGAUCCGUCAUGGCGAUAGCUCCGCCGGAGAUUUGAAGGACGAAUCGACAUCCCCAAUUGAUCUGCUGCCUCAUCGACUCUUCUCCACUGAUUCAAACCUAAUCGAGGUUAACAUGGGACUUGAUUACAGCUACUCUCAGCCUACCUCAUCUGAGGCGUACGGUGACAAUGCAGCUGACAGUGGGUUCAGCGAAACAGAAGAGCUUAUUCGUCAGGACCAAGCUGAGCUUGACACACAGCGAACGACGGUUCAGUUCCCUCCUCAACCCGAGGUAGAGUUCGGAUUCCCUCAAACAUGUUACUGCGGUGCGCGUCCACUUCUUGCAACAUCUCUGAGUAGAAACAAUCAAGGGAGAUUAUACUAUACGUGUGCGAAUGUAGAUGAUGGUGAUUGCCAUAUAUGGAAAUGGUGGGACCAAGCUGUAAUGGAGGAGAUGAGAGCCCGGGAUUCUCACACACUUCAGUUGGCUGAGAAGGUUGAUUAUCUUGCCGGUAUGAGUGACUACGGGACAGAGCUUAACCUUCUUAAGGAUCACCAAUACGAGACUCAGCAAAAACUGGUGAGGCUAGAAUCACUCGUGUCCGACAUAGGUAAUAAGAAAUUAACCUCUUCCUUUGGCUUUGGCUUUCAAUACGUUGUAGGUCUUCUCGUGAUUGUGGUAGUCAUAAUAGGCUGCUUAAUGGUUCGUUAGUCAUGGUCUCGUCUAUUUUACAUGAUCUAGGUUGAAUUAUGGAUUAUGUGUAAUGUGUAAUGACUUUGUACUGAAUUUGUAACCUUAUGUAAUGACUUAAUGUAUCAACUUUGAAUUAUGGAUUAUGCGUUAUGUGUAAUGUAUCAACUUUGAAUUAUUUAUGUGUAAUGCAUGUGGCUUUUGGUUUGAUCCCGUGACUUACCUAUACUACCGACAUCUCCUUCCUCUCAAUAUGAUCCCGUGAAUUUGUACUGACAUCCACCAUCCCCUCUUUGCUAUCCCGUGAGUUUACAGCAGUCAGUAAAUACAAAAAUGCACCACUUCAAAAAAUCCUAUAAGUAGAAGUGUGCGUUUAUUUAUUUGAAAAUCACCACUUCUCAAUCUAUUCUCAAAACAAUUUCUCUCUUUUAAAAAUUGUUUAUGGCAUCUUCUUCCCAUUAUCAUUAUCAUAAUGAUGAUGAUGAUGAUAAUGAAUUUGAAACUCUAGUUGAAGAAUGCUUUCAAAUCCCUGAUAAUAUUCCCGAACCAAAAGAGAGAAAAAAAACGCAUUUAUAUCGAGAGAAACCGGGAAAAAGGUCACAUUCAGCUUUGGAAUGAUUACUUUUCUGAAACUCCAACAUAUCCUCCUAAUAUUUUCCGUCGGCGAUUUCGAAUGACCAAACCAUUGUUCUUGCGUAUUGUGCAUCGUCUUGCUACAGAAGUAGAGUAUUUUCAACAAUGCGAAGAUGCUGUCGGACGGGCUAGUCUAUCUCCGCUCCAAAAAUGUACCGCUGCAAUUCGUCAAUUGGCGUAUGGUGGUGGGUCUGAUACAGUUGACGAGUAUGUACGAAUUGGUGAAACUACAGCUCGGAAAUGUUUGUAUCAAUUUACUGCCGGAAUUGUCCAGUUGUUUGGCGAUGAAUAUCUUAGACGUCCCACCCCGGAGGAUCUGGAAAGACUACUCCAUAUUGGAGAAGAACGUGGAUUUCCAGGGAUGGUUGGAAGUAUCGAUUGCAUGCAUUGGCAGUGGAAGAAUUGCCCCACCGCUUGGAAAGGUAUGUAUUCACGAGGAACCGGAAAACCAACAAUUGUGUUGGAGGCGGUAGCUUCACAGGACCUCUGGAUAUGGCACGCGUUUUUUGGAGCUCCAGGUACUAUGAACGAUCUUAAUAUUCUUGACCGUUCACCUGUUUUUGAUGAAAUUAUAAACGGAAACGCUCCGGAAGUCAAUUUCUAUGUCAACGGAAGUGAGUACCAUUUGGGUUACUAUCUGGCGGAUGGUAUUUAUCCCAAAUGGGCUACUUUUAUUCAAUCUAUCCGACUCCCGCAAGGUCCAAAAAAUAGCUUAUUUGCUCAAAAACAAGAAGCCGUGCGAAAAGAUGUUGAGCGCGCCUUCGGAGUUCUGCAAGCAAGAUUCGCAGUUGUUAGAAAUCCAUCUAAUUUAUGGGAUAAAUAUAAAAUAGGAAAUAUUAUGAAAGCAUGUAUAAUACUUCAUAAUAUGAUUGUCGAAAAUGAACGAGGUUCAUACACUCAGCACGCUUCAGAAUUUCAACAAGGAGAAGAUGUGGAUCCUACAUUUGUAGUCAGGAGGAGUACAAAUCUCGGUACUAUAUUGGGUCGUCGAGCAGAAGUUCGGGAUAAACAAAGCCAUCAACAAUUAAAAAAAGAUUUGAUUGAAAAUAUAUGGGAUAAAUUUGGAAAUCUCCCGAAUAACUACAAUGUUUAGAAAAAUUUGGACGGAAAAAUUAUUAAAUAAAAUGUAUGUUCCUGUUUUUUUCCAUGUUUGUAUUUUUUUUUCCAACUUUGUAAUUUUCUCAUAUUUUCAGUUUUAAUAAUGUUUUAUAUGUUUUAUUUUAAAUUUUCCUUUUAUAUGUCAUUACUUACUUAAAUAAAUAAUUAUUUAGCUAAGAAACUUUAGAAAGUCCUACCAAUAAUCUAAUUAUUGACAAUUGUCCUUAACUAUUGUCCUUAACCACAAAAUAACAUUUAUUUAUUGUAAGGACUUUGAAAUUGGUCCUUGCAAUAAUCAUGCUCUCAGCACUUGAAACUGAAGUGGUCAAGACUAUGCGUUGAUCCUCUCUAGGGCUGGGAGUUUCUGUUGCGGCAGUAUAACGAUCUUUUUGGUGAUAGUUUUAUGACACCACCGUGCUGUUUUUUCUUCAACAAGUAACAACUACUGUCUGUUAGAAAUUUAGGUUCUACCAAUUCUAUGUUUAUUUUACUUCUUUUUAAGGGCGAAGAGUUUAUAAUAC